AUGGCGUGGAUCCCCUUUGGUGUCGGCAAAAAAGACAAUGCAUCUGCGGCCCCGAGACCGCAACCUCCCCAAUUAGAGCAGCGCUCUCACCAACCUCUUGGGGUGCUGUCUGACGAGCUGGACAUUCAGAAUACAUUGAACCAGAUUGCUACCUCCCAUUCGCAACCCGAAGUUCAAUUUGCUCGUGCUAACACGAAUGAGGAAAGCAAUAAUGCUGUGACUAAGUUUGUGGAAUCGCAUCCUAAGCGCAUGUUCAUCAUCGACGGAGAGAAGUACGCCAAUGAGUCGAUCAUAUGCACCAACGACGAGAGAGGAGAGAAGACAUGCUUGAGGUUAGGGUAUAACUCAAUACAGCUUUUCAAGCAGAUGCAGAAGCUUGAGUACUUCUGCUCAUUGCCUAACGAUAUUGACGCCACCUACUUCGAAUGCCGCAAGAUUACAUAG